AUGGGGUCCAUUGCUGAACCAAGUAAAUAUGUCGUGGCCGAUGAAUACAUUGGCGAAGCCAAACCAAUCAAGAUCAUCGUGAUUGGCGCAGGUAUCUCCGGUAUCGCAUUCGCGUAUAAGGUGAAAGCGUUGCAGAAUGUCGAAUAUGUGAUUUACGAGAAGAACGCCGAGGUCGGCGGUACUUGGUUGGAGUCACGGUAUCCUGGCUGCUCGUGUGAUAUCCCUGCGCAUUCAUACAGUUAUCCGUGGGUCAGCAAUCCCAAUUGGUCGCAAGUGUAUGCCGGUGCCGAAGAGAUUUGGGACUUCUAUCGCGAAAGAGCGAAAGAAUAUGGUGUGUACGAGAAGGCGAAGUUCGAACACCAGGUUGUUGGAGCGGGAUGGAGUGAGGUUGAUGGAAAGUGGACGGUGCAGGUGAAGGACCUCAAGACGGGUGAGGUGAAAACCGACUCCGGAGAGGUCUUGAUCAAUUGCGGAGGAGCGUUGAAUAACUGGAAAUGGCCUGAGAUUCCCGGUCUUCACUCCUUCGGAGGAAAUUUGGUUCAUACAGCUCGCUGGCCUCAGGACUUGGAUUUGACUGGGAAGCGAGUUGGAGUGAUCGGUGCCGGCUCAUCGGCUAUCCAAGUUAUUCCCACUGUCCAACCAAUUGUGAAAUCGUUGACAUCCUUCAUCCGAUCACCAACGUGGGUCGCACCUCAAUUCCUAGGACAACUUGCAAAGGACGGACGAGGAACAAAGUACACGGAAGAGCAGAAGGCUGAGUUCCGCCAAAGCUCAGAGACCCUAUUGAAUUACCGUCGAGAAAUUGACCAUGCCCUGAACUCGCGAUUCCCAAAUUUUUACACCGGUUCCGAGCAGCAGAAAAUGGCGCGGGAAGCUGUGGAGAAGGGAAUGAGAGAGAAGCUUGCUGGGAUGGAACCCAAGCUACGAGAAUCACUGAUCCCGGAUUUCGAUGUUGGAUGUCGACGGGUCACACCCGGUGAGGGAUACCUUGAAGCUCUCCAAGCCGACAAUGUUCAAGUCGUCAGAGAUUCCAUCCAGUCUAUCAGCAAAGAAGGCGUUGUCACAAGUGACGGCACUACACAUUCCCUCGACGUGAUCGUUGCAGCGACAGGCUAUGACACCACAUACGUACCGCCAUUCCCUCUCAUUGGUCGAAACGGUGUCAACCUCCGAGAGAGAUGGUCAAAGACUGGAGCCGAUGCAUACUUUACCUGUGCGGUGCCCGAUAUGCCAAACUACUUCAUGGUCGUCGGCCCCAACUCACCCAUCUCAAACGGAUCUCUGAUGCCUGCCAUCGAGACCCAACUCGAAUUCGCCCUGAGCUUCGCAAAGAAAAUACAGUCCCAGGGCGUCAAGUCUGUUGUUGUCAGCGCACAAGCGACAGCAGACUUUAUUGAACACAAAGACGCAGUCAUGAAGAAUUUGACUUUCUCUGGUAGCUGUAACAGUUGGUACAAGGGUGGUACCUCUGAUGGCAAGAUCGUCGGAGUGUGGCCGGGAUCACUUAACCAUUUCAUGGAAUGUCUUAAGGAACCGCGUCUGCAGGACUUUGAGUUUAGUUACCGCACUCCUAAUAGGUUUGCUUUUGUUGGGAAGGGUCUUUCGCUUCGUGAGAAGAGGAAGGAGCCUUUGGGGUGGUAUAUCAGAUCAUCUAUAUAA